AUGGCCACCGCUCGGUCUCAAUUCUUUGCGCGAGCGACGGCGACGGCGACGGCACUAGGCCGCAACGGGUCUGAGUCUGACGACGACGCCACCAUCUCUCCUGCGGCCCUCACUGCGCCGCCCUCUCACCCCGACCCCGCUGCCGCCACUCCCUUCUCCCGUCUCACGAGCUCGACAUCGACGCCGCUGCCCCCGUCAGGACUCCAGCCACCGUCGCCGCUGCACAUCACCUCGGCGGAGAGGGAAACCAGAGCCUGGCGACCUGAAGAAUCGUCAUCGUCGUGCAAUAUGCCAGGAGUAGAGGAUAAUAUUGAGUCACAAGGAACUGACACACAGGACAUGGCAAUGGUGCCAGUGGAGCAGACUCAGGAGCAUGGCAAAACCGUAGCUGAUGGUCUUGUAAAUGAAAAGGUGGUCAUUGAUGUGGAGGAGAAGGAAACUGAAAAAGCUGAGAGGAAGGAACUAGCACCGAGGUCUGAGAUGUGGCAACAUUUCAUCAAGAUCAAGGACGACAAAGGAUUUCUGAAGGCUGGAAGGUGCAAGUAUUGCCACCGUGACAUCAAGGCUGAAGCAAGGGGUCAUGGAACAUCUGCUUUGAAGAAACACUUCAAUACAUGCAAGCGCAAUCCUCAUGUUUUCAACAAGGACCCCAAGCAGGCCACCUUGCAAGCAUGUCACGGGGAAGCUCCUACCACUUGGAGGUUUGAUCAAGAAGCACUUAGAGAAGCCUUUGCUGAGAUGGUUAUAGAAGAUGAGCAACCCUUCUGUUUUGGUGAGAAGCCUGGCUUGAAGAAAUUUCUGUCCAAAGCAUGUCCUCGUUUCCAAGUUCCAUCAAGAAGAACUUGCACAAGGGACAUUGUGCGCAUUUACUUUGAAGAUAAGGCCAAGCUGAAGAAGUUAUUUGCUGAUUCUUGUCAAAGAGUGUGUCUGACAACAGAUGCUUGGACUUCUCAAGUCCAAGAUGGAUAUAUGACUGUUACAGCAAGCUUCAUUGAUGAAAGCUGGAAUUUGCAUAAGAAGGUGAUAAGUUUUUUCAUGGUAAAGGGUCACAAGGGGGAGGAUAUUGGGAAGAACAUGACAAGAUGCUUAGCUGAUUGGGAUUUGGAUAAAGUGAUGACUGUAACAGUGGAUAAUGCGAGUGCGAAUGACACUGGUGUUGAUUACUUGAGGAAGCAGCUUCAGAAAACUAACAUUGCCAAGGGCAAGUUUGUGAAGAUGAGGUGUGCAUCCCACAUUACGAAUCUUGUUGUAAGAGAUGGUUUGCAUGAAGUGGACCCAUCUAUUCAGCGUGUUAGGGCUGCUGUUAGGUAUAUAAAAAAUGGGACUUCAAGAUUGGUCAAGUUUAAAGAAAUUGCUGAGGAAGAGAAAGUGGACACCAAAGCUUUUUUGAAACUAGAUUGUCCGACAAGGUGGAAUUCCACCUAUCUGAUGUUGAAGUCUGCAAUUGUGUAUGAGAAAGUGUUUCUAAGGUUAGCUGAAGAUGACCCUAAUUAUGUUAUCGACUUGUCUGAAGCAAGAGAUGGUUUUGGGCAUCCAGAUGAAGAUGAUUGGGAAAAUGCAAAGAAGAUGGCACAAUUUCUACAGCAUUUCUAUGACCUUACAGUUCGUAUCUCUUCUUCUCUCCAAGUUACUAGUAACACUUUCUUCCAUGAGAUUGGAGAAGUCUGUCUUUUGAUACAAGAAUGGCUAAACAGUGAAGAUAAUUUGCAAGUUUCAAUGGGGAAAAGAAUGAAAGAGAAAUUUGAUAAAUAUUGGGGAGCUUGGCACACCAACAGCAAGGACAAUGACAAUGGGCAGCAACAAGAGCAAGAGAGGGAUAAAGGGCGAAGCAAGGGGAAGGGGAAGGAGAAGGCCAAGGAUAAAGAGAACAUCAACUUACUGAUAUUUGUGGCUGCGUUCCUUGAUCCAAGGUACAAGUUAUCUUUGUACACAAAGAUUAGUGUUGAAGAGAUAUUUGGUGAGGAAAAAGGUCAAGUUGUGUGGGCAGCAAUUAAUACUUGUGUGACAGAAUUGUUUGGAGAAUACAAGAACAUGUAUGCUCCAAGUGAAGAAGCAACUCCAGUAGUUGAUGCUGAUAAAUCUAAGAGAGCAGCAGGAGGAAUGCUUAAAGACAAAAUUGCCAAGAAGAUGAAGCUAAACAACUGUUCUACCAGCAGCAACAAAUCUGAACUUGAGAAAUACCUUGCUGAAGAAACUGAAGACAUAGAAUCAAAAUUGACAUUCUUGCUUGGUGGAAAGUCAAUUCAUCAAGAGUGGAUUGAAGAAUAUGGCGGCAAUGGAAAAAAGAAUGAGGAGCCAUCUGUGACGACUCUAGGCACCACCAACACCUAG